AUGUCGGCGGCUAUCGAAAAAGAAACCGGAAUGUUGGAUGUAGGAAAGCACUGUGCAUAUUGUAGACAACUAGACUUCCUACCUUUCCAUUGUUCGUUUUGCAAUGAAGAUUUCUGCUCGAACCAUAGACUUAAGGAAGAUCACCACUGUAGGUGGUUGCUAGAGCAUGAAGAAGUUCAUAAAACUGAAAAAAGUCCUAGCAAAAGCCGGGAUGGCUCAAGUUCUAACGAUGAAGCAUAUUUCAAGAGUCUGUUACCUGAGAGGGCCAGUGUUAGAAUCCAGAGAGUAAGUGAAACAAGAGAGCCUUUGAGAGGUUCUAACACUGCCAAAGUGAGCUCUACUUUGAACUCAAAGACAUUAGACAAAAUAUUUAAGUUCUUCCAAAGGAAUGAGAAAAGAAAGAGCAAUAACAAAUCAAAAAAGAAUUUCGGUUCCUCGUCGAAUAAGAUAAUUCAAUUGGCUAAUCUCAAGAAAAUUGCUAAAGGUGACCCCAAGAUUCCUAUGCAAAAUAGGAUUUACAUUUGGUGUUACUUGGUGGAUGGUGAUGAGACGGAUAUAGCCAAGGAGGAUACAAGAAUGCCAUUAUACAUUAACAAAAUGUGGCCUGUGGGUAGGGCCAUGGACUAUUUGUCUAUCCAGCUAAACGUGAAAUCUAGCACACUAACUAAUUCAAGUUCUAAUGACAAAUUUCAACUAUGCAAAUUGAAAGAGGGUAAACAAGUUUCAUUUUAUAAUAUUGGCGCUUCCUUAAGAGUCACUAAUGAGAUCAAAGAUCUUGAUACUCUGUAUUUAGUACACAAUAACGCCGACGAAAAAUCUAAUUAA